AUAUCUAUUACAUUUUAUUAGUGUAAUUUAUACCGUACAAGAAGCAUAUAUUGAGGCUAUAAUGUCGAUAUAAUUUUGUACACAGUAAUAAGCAUUUUAAAAGAUGGCUUUUUAUUCGUGUAAUCGAUAUAGAUUGAUAGUUUUAAUAAUGUUAGCAUUAAUCAUUUGGCAGUGUUUUCGGUUAUUGUUACCAGCUAAAUCAAGUAGCCAGUUAAUAGAGGGUAGUUUAGUGGAACUGGAAGAUGAUAAGUAUAACAAACACAAGCAAGAUAAAGUUAAAAUAAGAGUUUACUAUGAAGCUCUUUGCCCUGACUCAAAACAUUUCUUUAUGAGACAUCUACUGCCUGUAACAGAAAAACUAUCUGAAUUCAUAGAUGUUGCCUUAGUUCCUUAUGGUAAAGCAAGUACCAGAAAAGAAAAUGGACAGUUCUAUUUUAAGUGUCAACAUGGAGCCGAAGAGUGCUAUGCAAAUAAAAUACAUGCCUGUGCAAUUGAUUACUUGAAGAAUAUGUUUGCCUCCGUUAAGAUGACAGAGUGUAUGAUAGAAGAUAACAUGGACGCUGAUGAGGCUCUUUCACGGUGUGCUAAAAUAAUGAAAAUUGAUCCAGAUCCAAUAACAAAUUGUGCAGUUAAUGCAAACGGGUCAGCUUUACUAAAGAAACAUGGAGAUGAUACUAAUAUACUGAAACCUACAUUCAUCCCUACUAUAACAUUGAAUGGGUCAAAAGAUAACCAAAUGCUCAUUUUAAAGAAUUUCCUUUUAGAAGUAUGCAAGUUAAUCAACAUGCCAUUACCUCCGCCAUGUUUGUGACAUUCGAAACAAGUUAUUAAACAUAUAUUACUUUUAAAAUCUAAUCUAUACUGAAGUAACAAACUUGAUUAUGACUUAAAAAAAAUUUGCUCAGAUUUCACCUCAAAUGUAUAAAAAAUAUGACAAGUCCUCUUCUUCUUCUUUAUAGACUAUGACUCCAUCAGCUUUUUGCCGAUGAGUUUGUCAAUGACAAGUACUAUAAGUAAAUUAUAAAAGUUCAUAGACAGAAUCUGGCUUUGAGAGUACAACAGUGAUUUUAGGUGUGGUUAAUUGAAAUAAGGAAAAUAAUCGAGAGAACCUUCCUUCAAAUCACAGUCACAUAAGGAACUGUCACGAAUGUUCAAUUUAGCCAAGAAAAGGAGAAACCUAAUUAUAUGUGAAUAAUUAUCGACGUAG